CCAGGAAGCCAAUGUGGCCACCCCGAGCCGUGAUGAGCAGUGCAACAUAGGGAGACUUCUGAGCAGCCUGCAGAGGGAAAGCUGGGAGGGAGUGAAAGAGGUCAGGAAGCUGCCCGGCAGUGAGAACCCACAUCUGUGGCUUACUAGCCUUGGGAUCAAGUCCGCAGUGUUGAAGCCACUCACCGUGGGCUGGGGAGAAGGGAUCGUCUGCUGCGUUGAGGCAAAGAACAGGGGUAUGAAUGGCAUCUACCUUGGUUCUUGGGCUUGAGGCUUGGUAAUAGGCUGCACAGUCUUUAUACCCGAAAGCCACAGACGUGUAACGCUCAUCCAGCUGGCGGAUUGUGCGGGCCUGUGUGGUGGAGGUAUGGUAUAGGCUAUGAUAUUAGAAAAUAGGAGACAACAGGAGACCAACACUGGGUAAGGGGAGGGGUGAAAAAUACCUUUAUGGCAAAGUCUACAUCCAACACCUUUCUAAUUGUCUUUCUGUUUCUGGAAAAGAAUACAUCAGGGUUUGUCUGGACUCCUGCCCCUCUCAGAGCUCCCAGCUUCUGUUUUCUUACCUCAUCAAGAAGACCCCACGUGGAACUGACCCAGGCACUAGCAGAGCCAGGUGUGUCUGCUGUCCUACCUGGCGAUGAGCCGGCAGAGUCCAGCAGUGAGGGGCCGAUUGAAGAGCAGUGAGUUGAGCGGGGUCUCCAGAGAGUCAACAGUUUGAAAGGAAUCCCAGCAUGCAGAUAUUGUCAGUCCUGCUGCCAAUCCUCCGGCCUUCUUGGUCCGUGCCAGGUAGUUCAGCACCAGUAUCCUAUAAAAUUGGAUGAAAAGGCCAUGGAAAGUGUUGGCGUGAGUUAACUGGGGCAGAAGAAAAGGAAAAGACACAAGAUCUGGAGUAAAUCCAGUCAACUAUUACCCUCCAAAAGAGAUGCCCACAGCCAGCAGUGGAGCUUGCGAGUAGCGGCGCUUUAUGUGCGUCACGGCUGUUUCUAGGUCUUCAGUGUGGCUGGCACAGUAAGCCCUGUGAGUCUGGCGGCAGAGUGGGGCGUCGGCUAUGGAGGGAGGCUCUCGCCAGGAGGCAGCCAAAUGGGAGGACUCAGGAGGUAGUGCGGAAGUGGGGGGCGGUAAGUAGGCAAAGCCUUAGAGCCAGUGAUCUCUAAAGGGAGCAGGUGCAGGGCCACCACAAGAAGGAGGGUACUCACCAGCAGCUCUUCCCCUCUGCAGCCACGGUUAUUAAAUACAACAGCCCUGGGGCAACACAGGUAGGUGAGCCAAACCCUCCCAAGAAGACCCUCCCCUUUGGUCGUCUGCAGAAAGGCCCCUGCCAAAAGAACUUUAUCAGGGUCAGAUCCACUUCCCCUUCCCAAGCUCUAUCCCAUCCUUACCUAUAGCCAUCUUUCAAAGCUUGGUCAACUAGGUGUAAGAUGUAUGGCUCCUGGCUACUGCCGCUGAUGCCUGGAAGCAGCAAUACUAUGGGCUGGGUGGUGGGGUCUGGGUAGUGACUGUCCUUAGGCUGCUCAGCCCAGUCUAGAAGGAAUUGGCCUCCAUCGGCAGUCUUGAGGACUUCACUGGGAUUCAAGAGAGAUGGGUAUACAGAGAUACUAUCAGGAAUCGGACUCCAAAAUCUACCCUCUGGUUCACCCACAAGCUCUGCAGGUUGUCAUGGGUAUUAUUUGAAGGCAUGCUUUAUAUAAAACAGUAAGGCUGACCAUAUAGAGUGGAUAGAUGAACUAUUAAGCUUGUAUAGGUGCCAAGUAAAGAGCCUUUCCGUUUGCCUAGUUUACACUCACCACACUCUAGGGCAAAGAUUGCCUUCAUUUAAAGUGGAUCCAUUACCCCUAAAACUGGCAGCUCUGUGUUCUGACUGUCCUUACCUCUGGUAAGAGACUUUAGGCUGAGACUGCAGGAGGACUCGAAAGAUGGUUUGUAGCCGUCCCUCAAAACACCACAAUGUGGGGUAGAAAGUCUCCACAGUGACUGGACAGUGUUGUUCCAGAAAGGCCAGAAACUGAGGCCCAGCCACCAGACGAGGCCUCUGUAAUCACAACACAGUUGGCUUCAUUUUUUUCUUGGCCCAGACACUGGAGAACGAGUGAUUUCUUCCCCAGAAUCCAGCCUUAAGGACACAGCUUUGCCAUAGUGAAGGGUACAGCAUAAUUCAGACUAGAAUGGCCAGGGCACCAUCAAUAAUACAGUCAUCUAGUGCCUCCAAAGAACCCCAGUCCUAAAGGGUCACCUCCAGAACUGACCCAGAAGGGGUACUGACUUCCUCGCUCAGCCUGUCCCCUCAAGUUCACUUGUGGGAGAGCGGAUAAUAUAAACUGCUCAGGUGAUCCCUACAAUAAGGGCUGUGGUCCUCUGGUUGGUUAGUUGGAGUCUGGGCCUUUUUUAUGAUUUGAUUUUAAUGACGUGCCUCUGUGGGUAAUGUACACAGGUGCAGAUCUUGCCUGUGGGGUCCAGACGAGGAUGUGAGCUGGAGUUACAGGCAGUUGAGUACCACAACAUGGAGGCUAGAAAAACUGAUCCGCAGGGGCAGUACAUGCUCUUCGGGGCUGAGACAGCUCUAGCCCAGGGUGGCUGGUUUUCUUGAGACAAAGUUAUACUAUACCCACACUGGUCUUGAACUCAUCAUAAUCCUCCUGUCUCUGUGCUGGGCUUGUGUCAGCAUGCUCUGCUGGUUGGGAUUCUCGUCCAGGCAAAGAAAUGUCAACACUGUGCAACCUGUGACCUUUUGCAUUGCCGUUGAAUUGUCCAAAUGCAUCUCCCGAAGCUUCCUCUGGUCAGUCUGGCUCUUCCUGGGCCUUGUCUAUAUUCUUUCUGCCUUUCUCUAAUGUGUGUGCUCAGUGCUGAAGGGCUGCUUUUACAAGGGCACCUCAUACUGUCUUGUGGAGCCCCAGUUCUUAAGCUGUGCUGUACAGGAGGAAGCAUCCAUAAUGUGAACAAAUAUUUCCUUCAUGCCAACUAGGGGAAAGGGAACAGAGAUGGAAUAAUAGGGAUAAAUGAGGUCAAUGGGCACGAAGCCAUGACUCAGCCUCUCUGCUUGGUUCUGCAUAGCCACGAAGUAAAUGAGAGGGAGGGCCUAGCCGUACAGACUCAAGAAGAGUAUGCCAAACAAAAUCAGGACUCUAGAGACUGAAAUUGAAGGGUGGGGUGUAGCAGCUCACUGGUAGGCUCUAUGUUCAAUCUCCAGUGUUGAGGAAGUAAUUAUUUUUUAAUCAUAAGUGGCUUUUCUAAGUAACUUAAUCAGAUCCUGUUUUAUCUACAGUCCUGCUACUCAAGAGGGACUAGGGAAUGAUACACCGAAGAGGCCCAGUUGAUACUGUGACUUGGACCCUGGUCCUUAACCCUGGAAUAGCAACAAUGAAGUCACUGCUAUAAUGCAGACUAAUCACCUUAUUUGAUAAGAAAUCAUGACUCUCAUAGGUUAAUUGGUCUGCCCAAAGGUAGAGCAAACAAGGGCAAAGCAGAAUUAAUAGCUAUGAUAGCAACAAUAAUAACUUGUAGGUAAAAUUGUUAAAUGUUUAUUGCAUUCCCAAUAUUGUGCUAAUGAAUAAUCAUGUGAUUUUAAAAACAUUUUUAUUUUUUACCAUUUAUAUUUUAGAUUUACUUUUAUUUAAUAUGUGUGAGUGUUUGCCUACAUGAAUAUUUGUGCACCACCUAUAUGCCUGGUGCCCCUGGAAGCCAGAGAGGGUUACAGACCGUUGUGAGCGGGAAGUGCCAUGUAGGUGUCAGGAACUGAACCCGGAUGCCCUUAACCACUGGAACCCCUCUUUACUUCGGAUUUACAUUCCUUCCACGUAGCGGUGCCCGCAGCAGUCCUCAGUUCUCUGAGACAGGCCCCUUGGCCUCACUGUGUGGGCACAGGACCUUGCUGUGUUGCCCAGGAUGGCUCAAAACUCUUGGGUUCAAGUGAUCUUCCUGUCUUAGCCUUCCCAGGAGCCAGGACUAAGUGUUUAACUCCUAUAGAUCUUUUUAAAGAUGUUGGAUCAAUAGAUUUCUUGUUAAACUCAUUUACCUCAAUAGAUUUUAAUGAGAUCAAAAAUGUUAGCUUUCCUAGAUAUGUAGAUUAUACAUUUUAUCUACAUUUCAGUUAAGGAAAUAUCCAAAUUGAUCAAAAACAACCUGUUAAGACUUCCUCAGCAUGGUAUACACAAAGUGUCUAGAACUUAAAACAGGGCUGACUGUGUAGAAUUACCCAUCUGUCCUAAGCUUGGCAGGAACCUCAGCUAGUCCUCAAAGGAAAGGAGGCCCUGCCAAGUUGAUGGACUGGUGCCACAACCACACAGGCAUUCGUUCCAUUAUUCUGCGCAGCUAGCAAACAUAAUCUGCAUGUUUUAUUUAGGCCACCUAAAAAAGGAAAGCAGAAAGCACAGAUCUCUGACACUUGAGGAUACCUCCACCCACCUUUAUCAGUCCACAGUACAGGGAGUGCGCCCUUCCUGUGCCUAAACGACCCAGCUAGCAGGGAAGAUUCCGAGAAUCUAAAGAGCAGAACUGGCUCUCUGGUCAUAAUAGCAAAAUUCACUGGGCGCAGGAGAGCCAACUAUCCAAGCUUUCAAAGAGGGCUGGAUCCCAGGCUGAAGACUACCCCCAUACAUUCUAGAACCCCAAGCGCAGCGGCCAGAGCUCAGCCCUCACCCACCUGGGGCACACAUGCCCAGUAGUAGCCCAAGUAGAGAGGAAUGCCAAGAGCCAAGAGCAGAGAGACGGUGUCUGACCAGGUGGCGUUCUCCGGGCUCAGGGAGGUACUCAGCAUCUCGGUUAUGUAGGGGUAUUGCAGUUCCCAAGCUCCCGGAGGGCUCUAGCUCCUGAACUUUGACUCUUCCGCUUGCGGUUGCCGUGGACCCGCCUCUUGCACGCCAUUGGCAGACCUCUGCAGGUCCCACCCUCCAUCGGCCCCGCCCGCCGCCAGUACCGAGGCUGUUUGGCUGUCAGGCGAACCUCACAAACCUUAGCGGCCCUGACCGGGUCGCCCACAACCCUCCCUUCCUACUUCUCCUUGGUGAAAAGCAUUGGAGCCCCAGGGCGUUGAAUAUGAACGUCGCAGGGAUCCUGACCCUGUUUGAAUAGGGACUGCUGCUGUAGAACCUUGGCUUCCCACUGGAAUCAUUCGCGACUUGUACCACUCCCGGUCUAGGGAAGAGCCAAGGCUUGGAUAUAUCAAUGUAUGUAACGCAAAAUCUCUCUGUGAGAUUUAAAUGUUGAAUUCUUAGGACAGGAAACAGUACUAGAAAAAGAAGUACUCCCUGCUUCUGUGUGGGAACAGCUCCAGUCUCCAGAAGGAUGUUCCACUGGCUGACGCAAGCGUUGAUGCUGCCACUAUUGCUGCUACCUUUGGGUCACACUGCUCCCAAGGAUGGAGCCGCAAGGUUGGACCCUGAAGUGCAACAGCAGCUCCCGCCCAACCCCUUCGAGCCAGGUCCUGACCAGCUCCAACGGCUGCAGAAUUACCUCAAGGGACUAGAGAAGAUGGAAGAGGACCCAGAGCAAAUGGACCGGGAGCGCGUCCUGCUCUACCUCUUCGCUCUUCACGACUAUGACCAGAACGGACAGCUGGAUGGCCUGGAGCUGUUGUCCAUGCUGACAGCAGCUCUGGCCCCUGAAGCUGCACACUUUCCCAUCAACCCGGUUAUCCUGGUAGUGGACCAGGUACUUGAGACCCAGGACCUGGAUGGAGAUGGGCUCAUGACUCCCGCAGAGCUAAUCAAUUUCCCAGGAGAUGCCCCCAAGCACACGGAGUCCCUUCCCCCAGCUCUCCAGGAGCCACAACCUGCUGGAAGGCCGCUGCAUUUAGCUAACAGUCCAUUGCAACCAGAAACCCAGCAAUCCCUGGAGACUAGAGAAGAAACUAGGGGCCAGGUGGAGGCCAAAAGGGAGUCUUUGGAAGCUGUACAGGAGGCUGGACAUCAGACAGGGGCUAAAGUAGAUAGCCUCAGUCAUGAAGGGGAGACUAGGAGACAGGUGGAGGCUGAAGGAGAAGUCCCAGGUCCCAGAGAGAAUGCUGGGGGGCAGGUGGGGAGCAAGGACAAUGAAGGGGAAGCCAAAGAAAUGCCAGUGGAAACAUCAGAUACCAUAAACACCCCAAAUGCGGUUGAGGCUCACAGUAUUCAACUGGAGAAUGAUGAGAUAUAAACUAAUGACACAAGCUCCUGUCCCUUAAAAUCUCAGCGCAGAGCAGAAGCGUGAAGAGUGGGGCAUAUAUGCGGGGAAAAAAGUCACCUCUGACAUGGGUACGGUGGCACAAGCUAGUAAUCCUAGAGCUUGGAAGACAAUAGCAGAAGGAUUGAGAGCGCCAGGCUAGCCCAGGCGACAUAGCUAGUUUGAGGCUAGGCUGGGCUGAUUAAUAAAACCCUGUCUUGACGAGAAAAAAAAAAAAAAAGCAACUCCUACAUUUCCUUUCUGGCCUCAGGAGGAAGCAGGACUUUCUGUGUGGCUCAGGGAGACUGUAAAUUGAGAGGCAGCUUUCAGGCCCCAAACAACCAAUAAAGAACAGAAUGAAUUUA